UCUGCGCCGCGUCCAUGACAGCUGUUCAGGCAAACAAAUUCUUCGUCACAUCGCCGCGGAAGACACAAGAUGACUCCUACACCAACCUCCUCGAAGGAGCACAUUGCUCGGCCGCCCAAAAAGAGGCCGCUUGCGCUCUUCAACUACACGCUCGAUUCCAUGCAAGGGUCUGAGGAUGAGCCACAGGAUCUGAGCAUGAAGAGCCGUAGGGUCACCACGCCCACGCCCACGCCCGUGGUCACUACGCCCACACCACCGCCACCUCCUGCCCAUGUCAGGAUACCCUCGAGCCCGCCUCCCGCCCCGCGCCCUUCCGUCGCCACGCCCCUGCUCCCGCCCCGGUCCACGCCCGACGUCAGCGCGCUGCUGGGCCUCGUCGGCGGAAGCAUCAACCUCUCCACCAGCAUCUCCAGCCACAACAACAAUAACAACACCAUCUCUUGCAACACCAGUGCCAGCCCUAGUUACUCCAGCAACUUCAGCAUCAACACGGAGAGUAACUUCAGCAAUAACUUCGCCGCCGCCAAUAGCAGCCUGAUGAGCAGCGCCGGCCUUCGCCUCAUCAGCGAGGUGGCGGCUGCCUGUGGGCGGCCUACGGUUCUCCGGGCGCCCGGAGGCAGCGGGGAGACGCCCAGUAGUCACGCCAGCCCCUACGCGCCCCCGACGCCCAGGGACCCCUUGCGCCAUGCCAUUCGGGACCGCCAGUCGGGCGUCCGGCCGUGGCACUACCACCCUUAUCUGCCCCUCGGGGUCUACAACCUGCCCUCGCACCUCCAGUCCCCCCGCACGGCCACGGGUGCGCGGAAGGACAUGAGGGACGUGAGCAACGCGACGGUGCGGUCCCGGGCGGGCUCCGUGUCCCCGCCGGGCGAGACGGGCUCCAGCAGCAGCGAGAGCAGUCCUGAGGUCCAGCAAGAUGGCCGGACGCCGCGCCUCUCCUGCCCGGACUGCGGCCGUCGCUACGCCACCAUGGCCGGCCUGGCCAAGCACCGACAGUUUCACUGCUUGAAGGAUGCCGGCAGGUCCUUCGGCUGCAAGCACUGCGACAAGGUGUACACGAGCCUGGGCGCCCUCAAGAUGCACAUCCGCACCCACACCCUGCCGUGCAAGUGCCACCUGUGCGGAAAGGCCUUCUCGCGCCCGUGGCUCCUGCAGGGCCACAUCAGAACCCACACGGGAGAGAAGCCCUUCCAGUGCUCGCAGUGCGACCGCUGCUUCGCCGACCGCAGCAACCUCCGAGCUCACCUCCAGACGCACACCGACGUCAAGAAGUACGCCUGCCGCACGUGCCCCAAAACCUUCUCCCGCAUGUCUCUGCUGGUGAAGCACGAGGAUCAUGGUUGCCCCGGGGUGAGACCCGCACGCCCUCUGGCGCUGGCACCCGCCCCGACGGUGCCCCUGUGACGCCCAUGAAACGCCCACACUUUAUCCAGUGUUGUUACCAGUGACACCAGAUAACAUUUGCAAGAUAACCAUUCAGGUGCUAAUGAAAUCGGAAUCCAAUCCCAAUUUACGUGCCACAUGUAACGGUCGUUAAGGUUAUGCUGCAAAGGAUAUGGGAAGAGCACGUUCGGUCCGCUCGUGCCAGUGCGUGAAGUGCCAAAGUGUCACGUAGUUCUGAUGAAUUGCUACGUCUAGUCAUGCCACGCCCAUUGUAGGUUUGGCUGCCUCGGAAAGGGGGAAUCACAAAAUAGUCCAGAACCAUAUACACUUUCACAGAAAAUUGAAAUUAUUCCCAUAUAUCGCGGACAAAAACUCGGACAAACCCAAAAUUUUUCAAAGAAAAAAAUUGCCCUCGAUGCCACGUCCAGGACAAUGGCAUCGGAAUGUGUAAAUGUCCCCGUGCAUCGCCUUCGCCCCAAGCCAGGUGUUCCCCCUUUCGAAGUCCGCCGUUCCCGAGAGCUUUACCUGAGACCCCACAGCCAGACCGGGUCUUCUCAACGUACCUGCAUUCCUCCAGGCCCGGCCAUUGUGUCGCCGGUGGGGGAGGGGCGGGAGGGACGCCGGGGGAGGCACCGUGGGAGCCGCCCCCUUCAGGAUAGGAGAGGGAGGGGAGGGGUUAUGGGAAUGAGAGGGAGAGAAUGAGUGGGUCAAGAAUGAGAGAAGCUGUGUGAGAUCUGUGAGUGUGAAGGGGUAAGUGUGAGAGAAAAGGGUGACGCCAUGUGAGAAGGAACAUGAGCAGAGAACUAGUGUGAUUGAUGGAUGAAAACACGAAAUUUAUUUGAUGGACAACGCAUGCGUAGAUGCCAGAACGUCAGAUAGUGUUGAGUAAACGUAGAGAAAAAUGUAAACAAGACAAAGAGUGUAUUCAAAAUACCAUCGAAAGGUCGCAUGUGACUUGCUCACCCUUCCCGACCAUGACUUUCCUUAGGACUGGACUUUAUAUACGACUUUAUAUGCAUCAAACUGCCUUCCCAUGCUGUCAGAGCCUUAUAUAUUUGCUGUGACUUGCUAUGCCAACCGACUCUUUAGAGACACAAUGCUGCCAUACGUUUUGAUAAUAAACAAAGCGUUUUGUAAAAUAUAUUGUCUGAGAGUCAAUGGCAUAUGUUACUUUUUGUGCCAAUGAGAUUCGGUGCCUUCUUCACUACUCACUGUCUUGCUAUUGUAUAUGCAGAUUCACUAUUAAAUACUUCCUAUGUAAUAUGUAUAUCUAUAGUAUAUCUAUAUUUUAUACAUCUUUAU